AUGAGAGAUAGUCUUGUGAGGAAAGUGGAAAAAUCAAUGGAAGAUAAACUCUUUAAAAUCAGGAAAAUGCAAAAGUAGUUUAAUAAAAAACAAAAUCAAACAAGAAAUGAAAUGUAAAUUGAAGCAAGGAAUGAUCUGAUACUCAAGAUAUUAUUUCACAUGUUCCAUAAUGCUAACUAUCAAAUAAAUACGAAAUUCUUAGAGAUAUUUGUUCUGGCUGAAAUAUAUCAAAAAUAGUAUUAAGCUCUCUACAUCUUGUAAUCCCUCAAACACAAAUAAAAUUCAGCCUUUAACAAGAAACAAUACUCUUACCUAAAUAUGUUGAUAUUCCAAAAAUCAAGAAUAAAUGAUCAGCAAUCAAAACGAGAACUAAUAGACGUAGACUCUACUCUAUUCAUUGAUGCUAAUUUCUAAGAGUAUAAGAGAUUAAUAUAUGAAACUACUAACUUAGUAGAGAAAUUCUGGCAAGAUCUUAAGAAAAAUGACUAUUAAAUGAGGAAAAUAAUUAAUGUAGGAAAGUUAAUUGUAGAUAACUUUUUGAUGCUAAAAGAGAUAUAUGAAUGUAUUUUAGAGGAAAAACCAGACUACAGAGAAAUUGUCAUACUAGGAAUAUAAUUUAAUUAAUGUGUCUUGAAUUUUGAAAUUGAAGCAAUUUAGCAAGCAAACUAUCUGAAAAACCUUGAUUAAAAAUUGAAAAUAACUAAGCUUAACUAGUAUGGACAGCAUUAAACUAAUGAGAUCGGAAUGGUAAUUGCAGCAUUUCGUCCUCACAAAAAGACGAAGAUUAUAUUAGCGAACAAAUUUAUUUCUGAUCUAAGUGGAUACGAGCAAAAGGAAAUUCAUAAAAAAGAAUUAAAUAUGCUUAUUCCUUAAGUAAUAGCGAACGUACAUGAAACUCUAAUUAAAAACUUUAUCUUUAAUGAAUAACAAGCCAUUGAUACAAAGCUUAAGAGAGUUUGGAUUAAAACUUGUGAGGGGCAUAUUGAGCCUGUAUAAGUAUCAAUCAAUGCUUGUAUCUCUCAGAAAAAGGGUCUUCUCUUAGUUGCAUUUAUAGACCCCAUAGUUUAAAUUAAGAAGAAAAAUUUUCAUUGUAAAGUCGAAGAUUCUUAUUUCUUGAUUACAGAUGAGGAAGGUUUUAUCUUAUGUAGCUCUUUCAAUUUCGCAAAUGAUUUUAUGGGGUCUAACUCAUAUAUUUCUGAUAUUAAGAUCAACAUUGAUGAUAUGUUUCAUAAUUUGAAAACUUUUAAGGAAGACGAUCUCAGAAAUGGGGUAAAAACUCAAAUGAUAUUUACUUUUGCAAGUUAAUUCCUCCCUUAGAGUGAAUUAAAUCAAAAAAAGGUUGAUGUUAUAAUCACAUAGGGAACACAUUUACUCUCUGAAGGUGUUAUAAUAAAAGAAAUCAUUUUUAGUAUAGAAAGAGCAUCAGAAAUAAAAUAGAUAAAACAUACUAUUCAAGAUCUAGAUUAUGAAAUGGGAGAAUCUGAAACUUUUGCAAUUGAUGAAGAUAAAAUUGACCCUCAUUUUGGAUAUGGAUCAGAUAGUUCAGCUUCCUCUAAUUCAAAUUCACUGAAAUCUAGUGAGCUGCUAUAGACAAAAUAAAUUAUUGAUUUUCAAAAAAUACCUUAAUCAAUCUUGAAUGUUAGAAGAGCCAUUAUACUAUUCUUUAUGACUCUUGCAGCUACAUCAUUUGCGAUGCUUGCAGUUUCUAUUGUUUCUAAUGAUUAAUUCAAAGCAGAUCAAGAUUAGGUCCAAAGGAGCAUUUACUUAGUAGGUUAGCUAGCUAAUAUGAGACUAACAUUUAGAUUAUUAGUAUAAACUAAUUACAUUGAUGAAGAUAUAUAAAGCUAUAGCUUUCAUGAGUUACAGCAAAUGAUGCAGACUUAUUACUAUCAGAUUAAGCUAUAUGCCUAAUAUAUGUCAAGUGAUAAAUACAAGGAUAGCUCAUAGCUAAACUACUAUAUGAGAUAGAAUGCAUUGCAAUUAUCUGAAAUUCAAUAAGAUGGGAAGAUCACAACUUAUAACACUACCUUUACAAUAGGAAUACAGUAAUAUUUAACCAAGAUUGAAAAUUUUAUGGAUAUGGAUUAGUAAUUAUUUAAAGAGCGAAUAGGAACUUUCAAACUUCUGCCAUAGAUGAGUAAUUUAACUAUUUAUAGAUAAAAUGUUUGGUUUUUAAUUCACAAUGGAAAUACUGAAAUUAGAAACUUUUGCUUGCUGCUUGCAGAUUUGUAUAUGGAAGAAGGUUAAAGUAAAGAAGCUAAUUAUAAUAUGACAGUGCUUAUAAUUUCUGUCAGCUGCAUCGGAGUCACGCUUAUCAUAUCUCUUAUAUUUAUACCAGUUACAUUCGCUUUAGAUAAUGAUGAAAAGGAAAUAGUCUCAUUUUGGAUGAUUAUCAGAGAUGAAACUAAAGAAGAAGUAUUGAAUAAUAUAUCUGAAUUUGUGAAAUUUUUCCAGAGUGAAAAUAUGGAUAAAAUGAAUCUUAGGGGUGUAAAACCAAAGACUAAAGAGAUCCUUGAUCAAAGUGUGAUAAUGGCUCGGUCACUUAAUCAACCAAAAACUAGACCAAGUUCUCUUUAGGUGUUUAACUAAAACAAUAAUCAUAUGAGGUCUAAGUUAUCUUAACAUAGAUUCGAACAUAAUUAGAGAGGUAGCUCUGGGAUAAUUGAUUAAUUUGACAAUGAUGACGAAGAAAUAAUGAAUAACAACAUCCUGAAAAACAAGAAAUAGCUGGCUGCUGUGGUUAAUAGAAUCAUGAUGAAUAAUCGAGGCUUACAACCAUUAGAUGAAAUGAUGAAUGAUGCAAAUGAUGUAAGCAGGUCAUACCAAGAUUCCAUUCCUAAUACUAUGAAUACUAUCCAAAAAAGUAGCAAGUUAGAUCUCUCUGUAUAUGCAAGUACUCUUAAUGAUAAAACUACCUACUUAAAUGAAACUAUAGAUGACAUGGUAUAAUAAAAAUCAGAAUAGUCAGGAGAAGAUUUACAAAAAUAGCUUGAUAAUCUGUUUUUUUAUGAAAAAACAAAGAAAUCUUUGAUUAUUUUAGGCUUUUCAACAAUCAUAAUAGGUUUUUAUUUGGGUUCAUACUUUAUUUGCGCAAACAUAUUUUCUUAGUCAGCUGAAUCUUUUGGCUUUCAAAAGGUAACAAGCAGAAGAGGUCCUUGUCUUUCCACUUCAUUUAAUGUACUUAUUGAAACAUUUACAGAAAAUAAGACCUAGAUUUUAGGAUAUAGUAAUCAGAGAUUAGACGACUAUGUGAGAGCAGAUUGCUCAGGAUUUGAAUCUAAAUAUCUUGACUAUGUUAAGCAACCUCCUUCUCAAUUCUCAAAUAUUUAGAAUAGUUUAAUAAGAAUGGAUGAUAUGUAUGCUUGUGAAAUGACCUUCAAAGAUAAAACUGUAAUAUAGAAUUGCUAAAAAUUUAUGAAUGGAAUUCUGAUGAGUGGAACGAGAAGUGCAAUAUAGAGCAGUUACUUGUUUAUUACACAUGAUUUGAUUAGUUUUCAAGCAAGAAGAGCUGCAAUAAGAGAUUAACAAUUUCUUGACUCAUUAGAAUUUAAUGACGUACUUUAUAGCUACAUGAAAUUAGUAUUGGAUUUUCUGAUUCCGAUUACUGAUAAAAUACGCCUAAUGAUUGAUGAUUCAAUAACAGAAUAUCUCAAUUUCAAGAUGCAACAGUACAUCAUUAUCUUUAGCGUCUUCAUCGUAUUUCUUAUGGUUAGUCUCAUAAUUGCAUUGAAAGUGGUGAUUAGAAUCCUAAAAAGAGUUGUCUUUAGAAGCAGGAUCCUUAUAAAAAUCAUACCGACUUCAGAACUAAAAAGAAUCAAUCAAACUCUAAAGCUUAGCAAAAAAGAAAAGAAUUGA